AUGUCAGUGGAACUUUCGGAAGAGCACUUGACGCAGUCCCGUAUAAUGCUAGGACACAAAUCGUCGGUGUUGGCAGCUGCGUUCUUCAAAGACGGUCGACGGGUCGUCACCAGUUCAUCGGACAAAACCCUGCGAAUUUGGGAUGUGCAAAAAGGAGCGUUGGUAGGAGCGCCAUUCGAAGGACACAAGGGCUGGGUACGAGCAGUCGCUAUAUCCCCAGAUGAUAGGAGAAUUGCGAGCGGCGGAGAGGACAAAAAUAUUAUCCUAUGGAAUGUGGAGAACAAACAGAAGACUUUGGAUCCGCUGGUGAAGCAUGCGCGAGAUGUGAACUCGUUGUGCUUCUCUUCCGAUGGCAAAAAACUGGCAAGCGGGUCAUCUGAUUGCACGAUUGUUGUAUGGGAUGCAGAAACUGGCACUGUCCUCGCAACACUUCGUCAUGACAGUAUGGUGUUGACUGUGGUAUUCAGCCCCGAUGGGUUGAAGUUGGCCUCAGGGUCAAAAGACAAUAACAUUCGUGUUUGGCGCACUAAUGACGCCGAGGUUCUUCUCGAGUUCAACGCUCACCAAGAUCGGGUUCGAAGUGUUGCGUGGUCCCAUGACGGCCAGCAACUUGUCUCCGCAUCAUACGACCAAACAGUCAAGUUUUGGAACUCAUCAAAUGCAGACCAGAUUGGUCAACCUUGCGCUGGUCACACUGCCUGGAUUUACUCGCUCACCAUCUCCUUUGACAACUCCUUCAUUGCAACUGCCUCUUGUGACAAUACUGUACGGCUGUGGAGCACAAAAACACACCAACAGAUAGGGCAGGCACUUGAACACACCACCUGGAUUGGCUGUGUUGUAAUUUCUCCCAAUGGAGAACUGCUCAUGAGUGGAGAUGGAGAUGGGAAGGUUUGGCUCUGGUCCAUCAAGAACCGACUCUUCACUGACGUUGCCGCUGGCAAUGUUCUGUCGACACCUUUCACAACGGACAUCGCUCAAAAUGAUAUCCAAGCUCAGCCGCGCAAUGAGGACUCUGACAAUUCCGACAUUAAAAGCCAUUAUUCUUCGGAAACUCAUGCAGCCUCUAGUAUCCUCUCGUUUCCUUCAUCAUUCGAUAACCUCCCUAUGAACCCGACAGUCCGCAAUGCAUGCAUCAUUGGGGACUUGCAUACUGCUGAAGAGAUUUUGACUCAGGAGAUCGACACUGAUGGCGACAAGUGUGAUUCUUAUGCCAGUCGCUCAGUUGUAAUGGCGCGAAAUUCUAAUUGGGACCAGGCACUUCGAGAUGCAGUCAACUCAAUCGAUAUCCAACCCUCAUUAAUGGGCUGCAUCUCUAAGGGCAUUGCCCUUUGCGGCAAGGGGCAAGUUUGGAAUGCCAUGGAAGCUUUUGAUCUCGCUUUCACAUUUGCUACUCAUGAUUCGAUGACCAUUAAUCUUUUACUGUUGAUCAAGGCUAUUGCGCUUUUCAAUGCAGGUCAUCGCGAAGAGGCAAUCCGGCGAGUUCAAGACCUAGCCAUUGCUUGUCAGCAUUUAGACACACUUUCGUGCAACGUCGUAAACUCAUAUCUACAUGUACAACUUGCAACCAUUGCUUUUGAGAAUGGGCGGUACCUCGAAGCUGCCGAACAAUUCACGGAGGUCCUCAUUACGAAUAUGAAUAUGACUGGCUCAUCUUUACGCGCGGCGUUGUGCGAACCUAGAUUAAAGAUAUUCACCGUGCUCUUCGGUUGGGACUUGGAUUCAUUAUGGCAAACCAUCCACCAACGACAGUGUGACGCGUUCCUCCGUGCGGAUCAAGUGAUCGAAGCGAUCGAAGCGUAUCAAUACAUGAUGCGUAUGAUUGACGAGGCUGAGAGGACCAGCUGUCUCGGAUGGUCUACCACCUUCAAGCAAGACUGCAUUGCACGCUGUGUGGCCAAGGGAAAGGAAGCUGUUGUUGCAAACGAUCAAGCAAGAGCUUUCAAGCUUUAUUCUGCAGGGAUAGGGCUAGAUCCCUCAUACGACCUCCUUUUUGUACACCGCAGCAAUGAAAAUUUGAGACGCAACUUAUAUGCGGAAGCCCUUUCCGACGCAGAACAGGUGAUCAAACUCAACCCUUCGUCUCAUAUUGGGUACCAACUAAAGCACGAAGCGCUUUACAGGGUACAUCGCUAUGAUGAAGCAGUUGUGACCUUCAGUAUCAUGCUCUCCAAGUUGGAAGAUGCUCCCGACACGCAGAUACGACAACUACGUCGGAAAUAUCAUUAUGUCACUCCUUGUGAAGUAGAACGUGCUAUUCGAGGAGCGAUUCAUGCUCACCUGGACACUGCUCCACUUCAUUUACUCAACACCUCUACUGGGCGUUUGUGCGAUCGACAGGCACAGAUAACGGCUUUCAUGGAAAGCACAGAGUACGAGAAACUUAUGUCUUCGUUGAUGACACACGGGCACCUUCAAUUGGAGUGCAUCAAAGAAGUGGUGGUGAUGUACUUCCGUUGGGUAAUGUUAUCGCAUACAUGGGAAACGAAGGAGCCGCUGCUACUCGACAUUCAAAACAAGGUCGUGUACGAUUUGGAUCCAGUCGGAACUAUGGUGAAGCUACAGACGUUCUGUAAAAUUUCCCGUAAUGCAGGGUAUCACUGGGCAUGGAGUGAUACAUGUUGCAUCGACCAACAUAACAAUGCUGAGCUCCAGCGCUCGAUCAACUCCAUGUUCAUCUGGUAUCGCCAUUCAUCGUUUACGAUUGUCUACCUAUCCGAUGUUGCGUCAUCGUCGAAGUCUGGCGCACUGGCAAAGAGCGCUUGGAACACGCGAGGAUGGACUCUCCAAGAGUUCCUGGCUCCCAAAGUCAUUCUCUUCUACCAAGCAGAUUGGACCCCAUAUCUCAAUGACCGUUCCACCAACCACAAGGAGUCUGUUACUAUCAUGCAUGAGUUGGAGGAUGCAACAAGCAUAAACGCCCAGGCCCUCGUGGCUUUCCGUCCAGGGAUGAGAGAUGAAGAUAUCGCACACUCAUUGUUUGGCAUCUUUGGCGUUCACCUACCUGUAAUCUAUGGCGAGAAGAAGCAUCACGCUCUCGGCCGACUGUUACAGGCCAUCGUGGCUCAGUCGGGUGACAUCAGUGCCCUGGACUGGGUCGGAAAACCGUCGGAGUUCAAUAGCUGUUUGCCAGCCGAUAUUGCCUCAUACGAAGCGCCGCCAUGCAUACUACCAUCGCUAUCCGAAGAUGAGAUGCAGGUGUCGGUCUCCAACCUCCGAAGUGCCGCGGUUGUGGGGUUGGCCGUGGCAUUGUACGCCCAGCUUGACAACCUGUGCGCUCCUCGUUUUGCGAACCGCAGACUGCUCCUUCCUUGCAUCACCUUUCUUGUCACAGGAGUCAGAAGGAGGCACGGUCUACAUCGGGAGACAUAUUUCACAUAUGACAUCAAAGCAGACGGACUCCAAGACUUGUUAAUCACCACGGAAGACAAGCUGACUCGGACUCAGUUCUCGCAGGCAAGACCUUCGCGGCAGACUUUCUUGCUCGUCCGUCCCUGGAACCAUUAUGACCUCAGGCUGCCUGAUUUCUCAGAUGAUAUGCAGACCGUUCCCGGGUCUCCACUAACUGAUUUAUGUUGGGGCUACCCUAAAGAAGUUGGCCUAGUUGAUUUGGAGUCUCAGUCGCGAGCGUUGAGGUUGAUGGUUCGCCUCGGACAGCCUUUUAGCGCACUUUUAUCAGCGCAGCAGCGUGGUGGGGAAUAUAAGAGAAUCGCAUCGGACCAUGACAUUGUCGCACGUGUCAAGGACGUGACUGCUGUCCGCGACAUGUCGAACCUCCAUCCUGAUAUGACCAUAGUCUCAGAUGAUCCUGCUUGGUGGCCAAUCAUCAAUUUUUGUCGUCUUUACGACUAUUUUCUAGCUGCAUGCUCUACUGCGGUGGUAUACGACUGGGCAUUAACGUUCGGACAAGAGUUCGAAUUGAUCUUGAGGCAACGUUGGUCCUUCAUGACUGUUCUUUAUAUCUGUGUGCGCUACAUUGGAAUACUAUAUUCUAUCAUUAACAUCCUGCUGAUGCUCUCUAUUAUCGAUGUGGCAUGGAACCCUGUCAUCGUUAAUGCCAUGUUAGGUGUCAUCAUGAUUGCUCGGAUAAAUGCCAUGUAUCAGGGAUCGAAAAAAUUGUUCAUCUUUCUUGUUGUGGCCUUGCUAGCCUCCACGAUCGCCUCCGGAGUUAUGAUGGUAAUUGCAAACAUGGGUGUUUCAUCGCAGGAGGCCGUCCUUUCCGGCUUCCAUACCUGCGUUACCGAAAUUGACAUGGACAUGAUGUAUCUGACUUAUGAGAGUGUGAUAUCCACUGCUGUAUGGGAGAUCCUCGUCUUGUUUCUUGCAGUCUGGAUUGUUAUAAAGCACUUCCGUGAACUGCGACAAUCGCCGACAGGAUCGACGGUCGGGGACUGUCUCACGAUAUUAAUAGAGAGCCACACGUUUUACUUUAUAGCCUUUGUUACUAUGACUUGCUUCACACUGGGCUCACUAUCUCCAAAUAUCACGAACACCACGGAACGUCUUAUUUACUUUGGCAUUUGGGCAAUUGCACAGAUGUUGCAGAUGUUCGUGCUGGGACCGCGUCUGAUCCUCAGUGUUCGAAAAUCUCACGCUAAGCUCGUAGCCAGGGCCGAUGGGGGAACAGGCAUGACGUCCAUUGCUUUCCAUGCUGGUGGAGAUGUGUUGAUCGGCGGAGAUUCCUCGACUGGCAGAGAUGUGUAA